AUGAGUUUUGGUGCUCCCGUGUUCAAGAUCGUGAAGAACUGGGAAGAACAGCACGAGCGUGCUGCCCUCCAUCCCCUCCCUGGCCCACUGCGCCGCCGCCUGGCCUUCCCGCCGCCAUCCCUGGCCCACCCCGCCAUCUGCCGCAGAGCCGCCGCAGGCCCCGCUCGAUCCGCCCUGCUCCCGCUCACCGGCGGCCGGCCCACACACGUGCAACCCCAGCCACCGCGCGGCCGCCCCAUUCGCUCGCCUCCGCAAGCCGCUUCACCCUCCCGCGCCAAGCAGCUAAGGCCGUCCAUCUCGCCACAGCUCCGUGUCUGCGCUCUCCUGCUCGCAGCAUCAGCCGCGCGCUGCCAGCCGCUCCUUCCGCUUCCCCCACGUCAACCGCCGCCCAAGCCACCAGCCCCACCUUCCUCCGCCUGGGUCAACGCCCGCUUCAGGACCCGCCCCACGCUGCUCCUCAACCAGGCUGACCUGCAUCCGCUCAAGCCAGGCCAGCUCGCAUCUUGUGUUACUAGUGCUGAUCUAUCUUUCCCCCAUCUUUUCCCCAUCGAUUCCAUCCAAUUUAGAGCAGAUCUGGUCAAUUUUCGUUCGGCUUUGGUCAAGAACAGAAGCAGUUCUUCGAGUCGUUCAUCGCGUUCUGUUCUUCCCGAGCUGCCCACUCCUCCCCUGUUCACUGCUGGCCACGACGCCCCGCUCAGCGCCGCCCUCCUCGCUCCACUCGCCUGCGCGCAUCGCCGGCCUGCGCCAAGCUCCACCCCACGCCGCACCAUUCCGCUCGCCUCGCGCAGACCAGCAUCCCUACCGCCCGCUCGACCACCAGGCCAACCAUCGCCCGCGCAAGCCGCCGCCCCACGCGCAAACCGCAUUGGCCGGAACGCGCUGCUCGCCACCAGGCUCGCAACAGCCCACGCCGCGCCGCCCUCCAUCUGCCUCCGCCCUGGUCCGGCCCCACCUCACUGCCGCGCUGCCGCCGGCCAACCACCGCCUCCCUGCAGCACGCCCCAGAUCGAGCCGCACGCUCGCGACGCAUCCCACGCGCCCGCUCGCCACCUGCAGCAAAGCUCGCCCCCAUCGCGCCUUGGCCCCAUCACCAGCACAGCUCCGGCCGCGCGCUCACCCUGCUUGACCCGCUCUGCAUCGCGCGGCGCCCCAUUCGCCCGCGCCCCGCUUGAUCUCUGCCACGGCCAGCUCUUCCUGUUCCCGCUAACCCUGCGGCCCGCCUGCUUAGCCGCCGCGCCGCUCGUCACCAUCAACAACAGUAACUGCCGCUCCAACCGCAAGCACAAGCUAGCAAGCCAAUUUCCAUUCAUACGCAUGCAGCAAUUUACAUUGCCGCGCGCGCAUCCCUACUCCUGCUAG